GACUAACUGGUUCCUGUUGUUUUUGCAGGCGAAUACACUCUUGUUGCUGUGCUCAUAGAACUGUGCAGGUCAGAUAUUCUUGUGUGUAUAAAUCACACCCAUUUUUAAACUAGCCACUUCCAGAAAGAAGAACUUUUAUCAGCAGAACUGAUCAGCUAAGUUUCACGGCUGCAUUGAAAGGGGAUUUCUUAAAGAGAUAAUGAUGCAUUCAGCAUUGGCUUUGUCACUCCUGCUAAUCGCAGUUUCUUCCAACCUCGCGAUGGCAAUCAAAAAGGAAAAAAGAGCUCCCCAGACGCUGUCGAGAGGCUGGGGAGAUGAUAUUACUUGGGUGCAAACCUAUGAAGAAGGGCUUUUUCAAGCAAGAAAAAGUAACAAACCACUGAUGGUCAUUCAUCAUCUGGAGGACUGUCAAUACUGCCAAGCACUGAAGAAGGUUUUUGCAGAAAAUGAGGAAAUACAAGAAAUGGCUCAAAAUAACUUCAUCAUGCUAAAUCUCAUGCAUGAAACCACAGAUAAGAACUUGUCACCUGAUGGACAAUAUGUACCUCGAAUCAUGUUUGUAGACCCCUCUCUUACAGUAAGAGCUGAUAUCACUGGAAGAUAUUCUAAUCGACUCUAUACUUACGAACCCCAAGACAUACCAUUCUUGAUAGAGAACAUGAAGAAAGCAUUACGCCUUAUUCAGACUGAACUGUAACUUGUGGCAGUGAAAUCACCAUAACCUCUACAAGAUGAAAUGGUACAAGGAACCCCUCCACAUUUGAAAUAUAUUCAUUAGAUGAUUUGUCUGUAUUAGCAUUUAAACCUUAUAGCAAUCAAUUGUGGUACACAGAAUUUCAUAUGAAAAAAAUAUAUUCCCAGGUAUAUAUAACACUUCUGAAAGUGAACUGAAUGUUUAGAAUGGAUGAACGGAAAUAUUUAAAACAUGUAAAACCUUAGCUGCACAGAUAAAUUCAGGGGGAAUGGUAAAACGAUGCAAAAAAAAUUUCUUUGAAUUCUAGGUCACUGAUUCAAAUCUGGUCCAGUAAAGCUUGACCAGAAGUUGUAACCCAUCCCAUCUGAUGACUGCUUCGUAGCCUGCGCCAGUUAAUAAACUUUGCUGAGAGGAUCAGAUCAGAAGACAUUUCCUAGAGAGGCUGGAGCAGAAAAGGAUAAUAUGUUCAUUGUAACUUUUCAAGAGAAGCUCAGUUGGCAGUGUGGGAGUGGCUCGUCUUUGUGUCCAGCAUUCUUCUGUACGAUAAUGUGAUUGUUAAAAGCAGAACAUAUACUUUGAUGCUGAAUAUACAACAAGUGAACAGUUUGGGCUCUGUCAGAUAAAGUUCAGCAAAGGCCUUUGACUUUGAGGAAAAUAUACUAAUGCAAUGGAUUAGAAGGAAGGAAUUCUCAGCUUCAACAUAAGCUUCAGGGCCAUAACACCCAGACAUAAGAACGGCCAAACUGGGUCAGAUCAAAGAUCCAUCUAGCCCAGUAUCCUGUCUUCUGACAGUAGUCAAUACCAGGUGCCCCAGAGGGAAUGUUAAUCAUCAGGUGAUGCAUCCCCUGUCACCCAUUCCCAGCUUCUGGCAUACAGAGGCUAGGGACACCAUCCCUGCCCAAUGGCUAACAGCCAUUGAUGGACUUAUCCUCCAUGAACUUAUCUAGUCCUCUUUUGAACACUGCCAUAGACUCAUUUGUUAAGUAAUUAAGAUACUCCUAGCUAUAAAGUAAAAUGUUGUUAAUAAAGAGAUUUGCUGUUAUAACAGAGUUUGAGAGAGACAUGGAGAGAAAUGAUCUGUAUGCUUAAAGAAAUUCAAUUUCUUACAUGAGUCACUAAUAGUAUACUAUCUUGACACCCAGUGAAAUGAAUUUUGUACCUGUAGGAAGAUAUUGAAAAUAAAAUAAAACUGUCAAAUAUGUCCCUCCUAACCCUGUUUGGUUUACUCAUUUGAUACACAAUUAAAUUGUAUGUGUGGCAUAGGAAAUCCA